AUGAGUGAGCUUUUAUCGUACAUCCUUGACCACGAGGAUGCCUUCCGCAGGGCUCGCCUGCCAUCGUUAUAUUCCGACUUUUCUCGUCAGAAACAGACAAAUCCUGAUGGAUAUAAUAGCAAUGUAACGGCGUGGCAGCGGGCUUUGGCAAAUGCUGCUUUAGCUGGUCGCGUCUCCUCUUUAUCAUCCAGCUCUGCCUCAAAGUUGGACUCUAGGCAAGAGAGCCUGCCACACAGAAACAACCUGCUUGUCCUACGAACGAGCAAUGCUCUCAUGGCAGACCUAGAAACACGGGAGUGGGGGAGGCCGCUAUCCCUGCAGUGUGCGAUCGAUGAAGCAUUACACAGUGGUCAUAUGAUGUUACUCGAUACAUUUCUAAACAGCCAGACAAGUCCUUUCAGGAGCGGCUGGCUACGGUUACCCACCCCUCCCAGUCUAUCACAGGUUGUUACAUGGGGUAUGAAACAGGCUCGAGGCCUAGUAAUGGGUUCGGAUAUCGAUAAUCUUGCUGGUACAGGCAUGCUGCAGACAAGUGAGCUAGUACUCAUAGAUAACGUCAAGCAAGCAGCAGGUAGACUUAUAAAAGGAGUUGCUGGUCAUCAUAACUCGAGUGUCGAUCGCAUAUAUUCUAAAGAGAUGUUCAUGUUGCAAUUCGCGCAUAUCUUCGGGGAAGAUACGUUGCUAUCUACGACAGACUUUAAUGUUUUACUUACAUACCUUUCGAGAGAUAAGAAUAUUAUACUCUACGAUGGAAAGACAGUGAAGUUUAGGGAUGCUAGUGAUACCACCGACCGUAUCACUGUGGAAGAUGGAUCAAUUGCCUCCCUCAAGGCAACAAUUGCCCGGCUAACAUUGCAGGUAACAACCCUGGGCGAGAAAAUAAAAGAGCUCACUGCCAAUGCACAGAAUGCUCUUGCAAACAAAAAUAGAAUCCUAGCCCUAUCCUCACUCCGGCUUAGGAAGCUUGCUGAGCGCAAUCUUAAGCAGCGCACGGAUACCCUAUGGCAGCUUGAAGAAGUGUACUCAAAAGUGGAACAAGCUGCUAGCCAAAUAGAUAUCGUACGGGUGAUGCAAACAAGUACUGGAGUUCUCCGGCAACUCAACUCCCAGAUUGGAGGCGUGGAUAAGGUUGAGGAUGUUGUUGAAGAACUGAGGAAGGAAAUGGACAAUGUGGAUGAGCUCGGAGGCAUCAUCAACGAGGCUGGACCGGUCAUCGAUGAGACUGAAUUAGACGAUGAGCUACAAGAGCUAGAGGACCAGGAGCGCGAGGCUAGAGAGGCGGAGGAAGCGGAAGAAACUCGCCAACGACUAGAGGAGCUAGAGAAGAACCAAGGGGUAAUAAAAACUCCUGCCACUCGUGGCACAAAUGAUGAUCUGGAAGAGAACAUUGACAAAUUGUCGCAGAUGACAAUUGGCGACAAGCCAACGGAAAGGGCGAAGGAAGGCACCAAACCUCUACCAGAAACGGUAGAGUAG